AUGGCGGCCACGAUUGAGAUUGCAGGGGAGACUUUGUCCGAUACUCGUGUCAUGGACAUGUGUGACGCCCUGUUGGGGUCACAACUGCGUAUGCUUUCUCUUAGAAAUUGUGUUAUCAACGACAACGCAUUCAAAAAGAUAAUGGCGUGUGUGGCGAAUAGUAAAAGUAUUCUACAGCUAGCCCUCAGUGUCGGCAUAGUAAAAGACAUAUCCAGAGUUAAAAUACUGGCAUUGGCGCUGCAGAAGAACAGAUCACUCGUGUCACUCUUGGUGAAUGGGAAUACAUUUGGAGAUGAAGGAAUGGCAAUCCUCGGAGAAUCUCUUGCUCAGCACCCAAACAUUGUGUCUCUUGAUGUCGGAGACUGCAACCUAGGUGAUGAAUCCCUGGAGGUCAUCAGUGACCUUUUGCCUCCAAAUGGUGCCAAACCAGGAUUGGCUGACCUCACCCUGAGUGCCAACACCAGUAUAAGUCCUGAGGCUUGGGCCAAGUUUGCUGUUGCCCUGGCAGUUAGCAGUCAUUUGCGUGAAUUGUAUGUGGACUACAACAGACUGGGUGAUUAUGCAGCUAGCUGUCUCCUUGUGGGGCUCACAUCUAAAAGGCAGAUAGAAAUACUGGACCUAGAGGGCACUGGGGUCACUGACCAUACUGCAAAGCUUGUGUCCUAUUUAGUGGAGAGCUUUCCAGUCAAGUUGCGAAGGGUUAUCCUGGCUGAAAACAAAAUAAAUGAAGUGAUAGUGGGGGAGAUAAAGCACAGCCUAGCAGAUGAUAGUAACAGCGAGGUCCAGAGCCUGGCUAGCACUGACCUGGUCAUUCCUGGUCAGUCAGGCAGCCUGAACCCUCUCCCUAGACCUGUGGAGGUGAAAAUUCACCAUGUUGAGCCAGUAGGUACCAACAAAAGCCUUAAAAAAGGGAAAAAGAACAGUAGGAAAAACACUACCAUCAGCACCCUUGGGGAGACCAACAGUAGUGACAGAAACAGUGUUAUCAAAGACGAUACAGUGGCCACUGAUGAGGAUUACAAAGUGUUGGCUCAAGCUCUGGAGGCAGGGCUAAGUACUGGGGGUACCAGUGACAUGGGUCUGACUGGUCAGACCGGUGAGGGGGAGGAAGGAUCAUCUGAGGAGGAAGGUGAGCUCCUUACAGAGGUACCAUUAACAGGGACAAUUCAUAGGAAGGUGUUGAAUGUUACCAACAUGUCACCUCACACCACAGACUGGAAAAGUCUGGGUGAACUCAUGGACGAUAAUGCUGAUGAAGGAGAGUUAAUCAAAUAG